GACAGCACCACCAUGGCAUUCAAGUUCGUCGCUUUCGCCGCCCUCCUGGCCGCCGCCAACGCCGGAGUGGUGCCCGCCGGCCCCGUGGCCUACGCCGCCCCCGCGGCCUACGCUCACGCCGCCCCCGUGGCCUACGCCGCCCCUGCUGCGUACGCCCACGCCCCCGUGGCCCACGCCUACGCCGCCCCCGCUGCGUACGCCCACGCCCCCGUUGCCUACGCCCAUGCCCCCGUCGUCGCUAAGGCCGUCGCCGCCCCCGUCCUCGCCAAGACCGUCGUCGACACCGACUUCGACCCCAACCCCAGCUACAACUACGCCUACGACAUCCAUGACUCCCUGACCGGUGACAACAAGAACCAGCAGGAGUCCCGCCAGGGAGACGUCGUCCAGGGCUCCUACUCCCUGGUUGAGCCCGACGGCACCCGUCGUACCGUCGAGUACACCGCCGACCCCGUCAACGGAUUCAACGCCGUUGUCCACAAGGAGGCUGCCCACGCCGUCGUCAAGGCCGUUGCCGCCCCCGUCGUCGCCAAGGUCGCCGCCCCCGUGGCCUACGCCGCCCCCGCCUACGCCCACGCCGCGUACGCCCCCGCCGUCCACUCCUACGCCGCCCCCAUCGCUAAGGUGGCCGCCCCUGUCGCCUACUCCGCCCCCGCCUACGCCCACGCUGCGUACGCCGCCCCCGCCGUCCACUCCUACGCCGCCCCCGCGGUCCACUCCUACGCCGCCCCCAUCGCUAAGGUGGCUGCCCCCGUGGCCUACUCUGCCGCCCCUGCCGUCUACUCGGCUUCCUACGCCUCCCCCUACGCCACCUACCACCACUAGAAUCCUAUUGUAAUAAUUUAUGGGCUUCGCAACUGCCAUCACCUAUUGUGAAAAUAGAAAUGUGAUAGUGUAUGUUUUAAUACACAAAACCAAAUAAACAAAUUAUUUAAAACAAA